AUGAAUCGCUACAAUUUAAGCACAUUCGGAAUCGAAAAAACCCGCCAGGAGGUUUUAAAUGAUUUUCCGCGAUGGUUCGUUAACUUCCAGAAUCCAGCUGAGCUGUAUCGUGCUCAACCGAGCUACAUUUGGUGCCAGGCAGCAUUUCUUCUGGGAGCAUUACUGUGUUUGAUUCACGCCUUCAGGCGAGGUGGCCGUUGGCCGUUUUUGUUCCUUGGAGCGCUUUGCCAUGGAUUAGUCGUAGAACUAAUAACAUACUUUGUACCGAGUAUCGAUAAUUUUUGGCACUCAAAAACUCCCAUCGAUUUUAUCGGCCACCGUUUACCGCUGUACAUCAUAUUUCUCUAUCCGGUGUUUUAUUAUCAAGCGCAUUGGGCGGUUUCUAAGCUGCAAUUAAAAUGCCGCUGGUCGGAGCAUAUGGCUGCUGGGCUGUUUGUGGUACUGAUUGAUCUGCCCUAUGACAUUGUUAGUGUGAAGUUUGUUCACUGGACGUGGCACGACACUGACCCCAAUAUUGCCGAUAGGAAUUACUGGGUACCUUGGAAUUCGUAUUACUUCCAUGCCACUUUUGCGUUCGCAUUUUCAUUCUUUUUCCACAAUGUGCGCAAAUGGCUGGACACCCGUAAGCUUGAGCGCUGGCAAGCGGGAACACUGAAAGCUGAACUAGCGGCUGUUGUGGUCGCAGCAUUGCUGUCUUUCCCCGGAGGGGCACUUCUUUUCAUACCGUUGUAUCAUCCUUUCCAUGAUUUUUACAACGUACCAGGAGAAGUUACCACUCUUACACUGCUGUUCGUCUUUCUGGUUACGCUAUGGAAGUUCGAUAGGAAAAGUAAUCGACGAUUACCGGAAAAGUUAGACACAAUGGGUCGCGCUCUGAUGGCUCAUUUGGUUAUUCAUUACACCACAUUUAUGGCAAUGGUACUCUUUCUUGACCCGGAAAAUGUGGUGGCGGCCGGUUUGCACGAACCGAUUGGUGAUUGCGAAGCAAAAACACCAGUUUACACAGUGUUGAAAACAUUGGAAAAACGAACCUAUCUAUGUGUUAACGAUUACGACGAAAAGUAUUUUGAUUUUCAUUGCCUCAGCCGACCCCCGAAGGAUGGGGCUUACUGGUAUACAAUUUGCGGGACUCCAUUUGAAAAUCGGGCCGAAUAUGUGUUGAUAAUGUUGCUAAUUUCGUUUAUUGCGCUGAUGGUUUUUCGUACCAUACAUAUAGAUUAUGACGUUCGUUUUGAUGUGUAUGAUCUUGUUCGCAAAGAAAAACGAGAUCGUAGUACGAGAGAAGAGAAAAAGAAACUAAACUAACUAAACAAAUGAAAUGAUAGUACUUACCUACCUCAGAUGAAAUCGGAUUCAAUUACUUAUUACUAGCUAGAAUAAAGUAAGCCACAAUAGCGACGAUGAUACAACCAACGGCUAACAGUACGUAUAGCAGUAUAUUACUGUCUUUAGAU